AUGUCGCUUAGCCCAGAAUUGUCCGUUUAUACUUACAAAAUGCUCUCAUGCGGGAUCAACAGAUCCUUGCUUGGUUCGCUAACGGACGAGUUGAUGCAAACCGCUUGUGGAAUCACGAAUCCGAUUCAUCGGCUGAAGAUGACUCAAGCAUUCCAAAAUGCAAAACAUCCUGAUGAGGUAGAAGUUGCCGUUCUAAGCAAACAAAUCGACGUAUUCAUAAGCUACAGAAGAAGCACUGGAAAUCAACUAGCUAGUCUUAUCAAGGUUCUGCUUCAGUUGAAAGGCUAUAAAGUUUUCAUCGAUGUAGACAAACUCUACGCCGGCAAAUUUGAUUCCUCAUUGCUAAAGAAUAUCCAGGCAGCCAAGCAUUUUAUUCUG